AUGUCCACGUCGUUUAAAUGGUUGCCAUGUCAGCAUUUUAUCCGGGUCCGCCGGAUUAGUAGACUAAAAUUGACGAAAAUGGCAAGUAAACGUAUCAAUUUUGAUGAGGAAAAACUUAAUAAUUUGCAAGUCCUACGGUCUAAUGCUGCUCAAGUUCCGCGCGCCCAUAGGGACAGGUGCGUGCCCGAGCCAAGCCGGGCGCCAUCAAUCGAGAAGACGAAUCCCUCUAAUGCGCUUCAAUCCAACUCAGGAACUAGUCCAUUCUACGUUAUCAUUACGCACAUCAUCACCAUCUCCAUCAUCGACGGCUCUGCUUGGGAGUGGAUGAACCCUUUUUCAGGACAGCUAAAUGAAUCCCGAGAUUUGAAAUGGGAUGCGAGUGAAUUUUGUGGUGCUAAACAGGUGAUUGAGGACGGAAAUGGGGAUUGUGGUAGGGUUAGAGAGCUGAGGUUGCUUCCAUUGGAUUUCAGAAGUGUGCCUCUGAGGAUUCUGCAGAAGGAACAAAACGCAUCAUUACAUGGAUUGGACAAAGAAUCUCUCAAUGGUAGUAAUGAUCAGCAACCAAGGUGGAGAAAAUGGGGGCUAUCUCCAAGCAGCAGUCCAUCAACAAUCAAUAAAUUCGGGUCAUCAAUCAUAUUCCCACUGUAUGGCAAUGUUUAUCCCAAUGGGUUUUAUUUUGUUCAGGUUUACUUGGGAUACCCACCGAGGCCUUAUUUUCUUGAUCCUGACACUGGCAGCGACCUCACGUGGGUACAAUGUGAUGCCCCUUGUGUUCGUUGUACAACGGGAUUUCAUCCGCUUUAUCGGCCAAGCAACGACCUUGUUGUGUGUAGAGAUCCUCUUUGCGCUUCCCUUCACACGUCUGAUUACACUUGUGACAACCCACAACAAUGUGAUUAUGAAGUCGAGUAUGCAGAUGGAGGCUCAUCUCUAGGGGUGCUCGUCAAUGAUUUCUUUACCCUGAAUCUCACCAGUGGGGUCCGCAUGAGUCCUCGUUUGACUAUUGGAAAGCACUACGCAGCUGGAUUAGCAGAGCUACGUUUUGGCGGGAAAAGCACGGGAUUCAAGAAUCUGAACAUAAUCUUCGACAGUGGGAGCUCUUACACGUACUUCAAUUCUCAGAUCUACCACUCGCUUCUUACUUUCAUAAAGAAAGAAAUAAGUGGGAAGCCACUGACAGAGGCAAACGAGGAUCACACUCUCCCAUUUUGCUGGAAAGGCAAAAAACCUUUCAAGAGCACUCGUGACGUUAGAAAAUAUUUCAAGUCUCUCUCGUUCACAUUCCCCAAUGGUUGGAGGUCCAAAUCUCAGUUUGAAAUAACUCCCGAAUCAUAUCUUAUCAUAUCCAGCAAGGGCAAUGCGUGUUUGGGAAUUCUAAAUGGUACCGAUGUGGGAUUGAACAGUUUCAACAUGAUUGGGGAUAUAUCGAUGCAAGAUAAAUUGUUGGUCUAUGAUAAUGAGAAGCAACUAAUUGGUUGGACUCCCGCCAAUUGCGAUCGGCCUCCAAGAUCCUCAACCAUAUAGCUUGUAAUAACUUUUUUUUUUUUUUUUUUUU